GCCUAUCUCCGUCACCGCCCUGUGAGUCUUAAGAGCCCUGAAGCAUCAACAGACAGCACUAUGUACACCUUCCUGCCAGAUAACUUCUCACCUGCCAAGCCCAAGCCGUCCAAAGAGCUGAAACCACUGCUGGGCUCCGCAGUGUUGGCACUGCUGCUGGUGCUGGCUGCGGUUGUCGCCUGGUGCUACUACAGCGCCUCUUUACGCAAAGCAGAACGCCUGCGCACAGAACUGCUGGAUCUUAACCGCGGUGGCUUCUCCAUUCGCAACCAGAAGGGCGAGCAGGUCUUCCGCCUGGCAUUCCGCUCAGGAGCGUUAGACCUCAAUUCCUGCAGCCGCGAUGGUCACCUGCUCGGCUGCUCGCAAACUGCUGAUGGACGCCCGCUGCACUUCUUCAUUCAGACAGUUCGGCCCAAGGACACGGUCAUGUGCUACCGUGUUCGCUGGGAGGAGGCAACAGAAGGACGUGCAGUUGAGCAUGCCAUGUUCUUGGGCGACUCUGCAGCACACUGGUACGGUGGCGCAGAGAUGAGGACACAACACUGGCCCAUCCGCCUGGACGGCCAGCAGGAGCCACAACCUUUUGUCACCAGCGAUGUCUACUCCUCUGACGCUGCCUUCGGAGGUAUCCUUGAGCGCUACUGGCUGUCAUCUCGCGCAGCCGCCAUCAAAGUCAACGACUCGGUGCCCUUCCACCUGGGCUGGAACAGCACGGAGCGCUCCCUGAGGCUGCAGGCGCGCUACCACAACACGCCCUACAAGCCGCCUGCAGGCCACGCAGCAGCGCCCGAGCUCAGCUAUCGUGUGUGCGUGGGCUCCGACGUCACCUCCAUCCACAAGUACAUGGUGCGGCGCUACUUCAACAAACCGUCCAGGGUGCCGGCACCCGAGGCCUUCCGGGACCCGAUCUGGUCCACGUGGGCGCUGUACGGAAGAGCGGUGGAUCAGGACAAGGUGUUGCGGUUCGCCGAGCAGAUUCGUCAGCACCGCUUCAAUAGCAGCCACCUGGAAAUCGACGACAUGUACAUGCCCGCCUACGGAGACUUUGACUUCGACGAGGUCAAAUUCCCCAAUGCGAGCGACAUGUUCCACCGCCUGCGCGACGCCGGCUUCCGUGUGACGCUGUGGGUGCACCCGUUCGUCAAUUACAACUCAUCGAGCUUCGGCGAAGGCGUGGAGCGCGAGCUGUUCGUGCGCGAGCCCACCGGCCGGCUGCCCGCGCUGGUGCGCUGGUGGAAUGGCAUCGGCGCCGUGCUCGACUUCACGCGCCCCGAGGCCCGCGACUGGUUCCAGGGCCACCUGCGGCGGCUGCGCUCGCGCUACGCGGUGGCCUCCUUCAAGUUCGACGCGGGCGAGGUGAGCUACCUACCGCGGGAUUUCAGCACCUACAGGCCGCUGGCGGACCCCAGCGUGUGGAGCCGGCGCUACACCGAGAUGGCGCUGCCUUUCUUCUCACUGGCCGAGGUCCGCGUGGGCUACCAGUCGCAGAACAUCUCGUGCUUCUUCCGCUUGGUGGACCGGGACUCGGUGUGGGGCUACGACCUGGGCCUGCGCUCUCUCAUUCCCGCCGUGCUCACCGUCAGCAUGCUGGGCUACCCGUUCAUCCUGCCCGACAUGGUGGGCGGCAACGCGGUGCCGGAGCGCAUGGCUGGCGGCGGCGACGUGCCCGAGCGCGAGCUGUACGUGCGCUGGCUCGAGGUGGCCGCCUUCAUGCCCGCCAUGCAGUUCUCCGUCCCACCCUGGCACUACGACGCCGAGGUGGUGGCCAUCGCGCACAAGUUCGCGGCGCUGCGGGCCUCGCUCGUGGCGCCGCUGCUGCUCGAGCUGGCUGGGGAGGUUACCGACACGGGAGACCCUAUCGUGCGCCCCCUCUGGUGGAUCGCUCCUGGCGACGAAACGGCACACCGCAUCGACUCACAGUUCCUUAUUGGGGACACCCUGCUCGUGGCGCCGGUGCUGGAACCAGGCAAGCAGGAGCGGGAUGUCUAUUUGCCUGCUGGCAAGUGGCGCAGCUACAAGGGCGAGCUUUUCGACAAGACCCCUGUGCUUCUCACCGACUAUCCUGUUGACCUGGACGAGGUUGCCUACUUUACCUGGGCCUCUUGA